AUGAACUCUGGUCAAAUUUUGCCAGUCCGAAUUCAGGAUGUUCUGAAUAUGCAAAAUUAUCAGCUUCGAAUGUGGUCAUUGAAAGUAAGUUUGAUUGAAAAAUGUUGAAAAACUGAUUCCACAAUUUGAAAAUUUCAGUUUAAUGGUCAAGAUAUUCGAGUGGAAGGUUUUGUCAUGUCAGACGAUGACAGUAUGAUGAGAAAAGUAACAUCUGAUGCACUUGUUCGUCGAAUGACCGCAACUUUUCUUUUCGAUAGAUCUGGCUCAUUUUUUGAAUUGAUUGGUCCGAUUGAUCGAGGUUUUCAACAAAAAAGUGGAAUGAAAAGAGAACUUAUCGAUGAAUUUUCGGAAGGAUUUCCAGAAAAUUGGGGUGUUCUUUUGAGUCGAUGUUCAUCAAUAAUUCGCGAACAAAAAAGUAUCGAUAAUACUCCACCAAUUCAACCACAACAAAAAGGUCCUUUUGUUACAUUGGCUGAUGAUCAUACAAUCCUUGAAACCAAAAAAUUUGAAGAAAAACAACCUGAAAAGGAAUUUGUGGAUCCAAAUUCAACAUUUCGAGCUCCGGCUAAUUGUUAUCUUGAUGCAGUCACACCAAUACGAUGUAAGUUUUUCAAAAGUUCAUAGUCACCGAAUUGUUUUCAUUAUUGUUAUUUCAGGGGAUAAAAAGACAAAAGCAUCUUCAAUUCCUAAUCGAGUUUUCGAACAAACACCUCAACCUAAUCAUGUUCCACUCGCAUCUUCAACUCCUCAACCUCAAAAUAUCAAUCGUCAACAAAACACUUUUGCUCCUCCACCACAUAUUGAUCAACCUCGUUUCGUUAUUCCUGAUAUUGAACCGGUUGAAUCAAAUACUGAAAUUGCUGCUGAUAUCGAACAUUUAUUUGAUGAAGCUGAUGAUAUCAAAACACCAGCUGCAUUAAGACAAAAAAGACAAUCGCGUGAUUCAAGAUUUGCCCGAAAUCAAACUAUUUCUAGUCGAAAUUAUCAUGAUAUAACAAGUGAAAGAAAUAAUACAACAAGAUAUACAAAUGAUCGAGAAAAAUCAGGAAGAAAAAGGCCGCAUUUUCAAAGUAGAAGUCUUUCAUCUGAUCAUGGUAUUCCUGAAUCUAGAAGUAGAUAUUAUGAAGAUGAUAUGAGAAGAUCAAGAAAAGAUAUGAAUAUGACAAGGGCAAGUUCGGUUUAUCAAAAAGUAUGUCAAAUAUUUGAUAAGUUUCUUACUCAAUUGUUUUUAUUCAUUUAUUAUUUACAGUCAGUCAACUUCGAAGAUGAUCGAUAUUCAAGACGUGGAAAUGGAAAUAAAUCAAGAAUGGUUUCUUCAGAUUAUGAAUAUAGAGAUUUGGAUAACAAGGAAAGAUAUAUACGUGAAAAAUUGGAUAGAACACGUCGACAAAAUCAUUCGAGUAGCUCAAGAAAAAAUUCAUCAUAUAGCGAGACUGAUAAAGAAAAUUCAAUUUGUUGGGAAAAAGAAAAUGAGAAACUUCUGAACGAAUCGCUUGUUGCUGGAAGACGAUCGAAAUCUAAUGGAAAAUUCAAGGAGCCGAAAAUAAAAAAAGAAAAGGUAUCCAUUUAUUUAUUUGUUCUUAUCUUUACGUGAAUCUUGUUCAUUUCUAAAAUUCGGAAAAAAUAUUAUUCAUUUAUUUUUUAUGAUACGAAAAUUACGGCCUCGGCCUGUCAAACAAUUUCAAUUUUUUUCGAUUGAAUAUGGAAAUAAUAAAUCGAAACAAAUUCAGAAAAAAGCAGCUCCAAAACGACAAAAAACUCCCGAAUCUGAAGAUGAAAUGGAUAAUGAAAAUGAUGAUAUAUCACCAAAUGUUGCGAAUCGAAGACCAGUUAGAAGUUGUAGAAAUACACCAUUAUCAGAUCCGAAACCAAAAAGAAUUGUGUGGCUAAAACGAGAACUAGAAAAAUUGAAGCGAAUUGUUGAUAUGAAAAAGCCAAGUGAAAGUGAAGAAGAUUGGAGAGAAGUUCAUCGAUUACUUCAAUCUCGAAAUUCUCAAGUUGAUUGGACUGGAAUAAAACAAAUUGCAAUUGAUAAAUCUAUUUGGAAAAAUACAUCAAAUCAACAAAAACCAGAAGAUGAUAAUAAAUUUGAUGAGGCCGAAGAAGAAGAAGAAAAACGAAGGAAGGGAGUUGCAGCAGCUGUAAAAGAAGAUAAAAAAUUGAGAGAGCAAAUGGUUGGAAGUAAAAAUAAGGAUGUACUUGCUGAAAGUGUCGAAAGUGUUGAAAAUAUUGAACCAGCUGAUAUUUCUGCAGAUGAAUCAUUUUUGGCAUCUACACCAGUUGUAUAUACAGAAGCUGUUCGAAGAAAGGGUGGAACUAGAAAAUCAGUUGUGCCUGCAAUCGUAGAUGACACUCCAACCAGAUCGUAAGUUUGAUUAAAAUUUGAGGGAAAAAUCGAGAUUAUGUUAUUUUCAGAAUCAAUAGUUCUGUUGAUCAAACUCCAAAACCUGAUGCAACCACGUAAGUUAUUUUUCUCUCACAAAAGAACAUUCAAAAAUGUUUUGAAAGAAUAAUUAUUUUCAAAAAAGGCACCAAGAAUUGUUCACAAUUUUGUGGCUUGACAACCUCAGAGCCAAAAAAUAUUUGUUGUUCACAAACAAUUAAAACAUCGUUUCGAUUAUCAGAAAAUUAGAGAUUUGAAAAUUGUUGCUUACUGUCGUCAAAAUUUCAGUCGACUUCUAAAAUGUAUUAUUUUUAAACAAUUUUGGUAUGUUUCAGAGCAAAAGAUAUGGAGACAACAAUGAAAUAUGUGCAUCAAUUAGCUUCAAUGACAAAUCGACCUGGUUCUCGCGCAAAUCGAACAAAUAACACAACAAUCGGUGCAAAAAAUACAAGUAUAUCAAUUGCAAAAGGAGCACAAAAAGCCCUAAAAAUGGUUAAAAAGGAUGUUUUGGAAGAAGAGGAAGAAGAGGAUGAGGAAACGAAUAGUGAUUCAGAAAAUGAAUCAGAAGAAGACGAUAAUUGA